AUGCACAUUCACAAGCUAAGAAAAAAAAUAAAAAAGAAAAAGGACAGAAAGUAUUUAACGAAGAAUUACAUAUUGAAGAAAUUGUUUCUAAAUGAAGAGCAGUUCCGGAAAUUAUGCAUUUUCAAAGGAAUAUAUCCUAAGGAUUUUAAAGAUAUUCCUUUAAAAUAUAGACGUCGGUUUUACAGAAAUAAAGUAUAUUACACCAGAAAUGAUUUUCAAAAGUUGUCGCAUGAAAAAAUUAUUGCCGAUUUUCGAAAAAUAAAAAUUUAUUUAAAAAAAUAUAAAAAUUAUAAAACACAGUUACAAGAUAAAGAAAAAUGUAAAAAAAUUAUAAAAAAUUUUCCAAGGUAUAAAUUAGACCAUAUCAUAAAAGAAAGAUUUCCCAUAUGUUCAUAUGCCAUAGAACAGUUGGAUGAUGCACUAAAUUGUAUCAUCGCAUAUUCUCUUUUACCGUCCAAUGAACAUUUGGGAAUUAAAAAUAAUCUAAUUAUUAGCUGUACAGAAUUAAAAAAUCAUUUUCAUUAUUAUAUUUAUAAAACAAAUAAAGUAAAAAAAGCUUUUAUAAGUGUAAAAGGCUAUUAUAUACAAGCAGAAAUAUUACAAAAAAAAAUCACUUGGCUAAUUCCAUAUAUAUUUACUCCUUACUUUGAUAACUCAAUAAAUUUUAAUAUAAUAUCCAAUUUUACGGAAUAUUAUGUUUCUUUGGUAAAAUUCGUUUUGUUUAAAUUAUAUAAAGUGGACAACAUACAAUAUCCUCCCAAAGAAAUUGAACUUAGCAAAAAUGAAAAGUUAAAUCACCUAGCCUAUGACCACCUUUUCUCAGCUUACGGUAACACCGCACCGUUGGGGGAUCCAUAUAAGGGAACAGCAGUAAACGAAACGGAGGCAAAGGAAAUGGCGGAUUCUAAAGUAGGUGCAGAAGAUAGCAUCGCUUGCACCAUUGCACGCGACAAACAAAUUAGUAAACAUGGUAAGGUCAAAAAUGGAAAGGAAAAUAAAAUAAAAAAAAAAAAAAAGAAAAAAAAAAAAGACGAUAAGAUUGAUCUUGCAGAAGCUACAUCUUCAAGUAGCAAUCUGUUUACGCAAAAUGGGGAUAACGAUAUUACCAAAAAUUUUGGGCUCUCUCAAAAUUGUGAAGAUAUAACGGGUAGAGGAAACGGGGGGGCAGACAUAGAUACUACUGUUGAAGACGUUACACACGCGCAACCUAAAGCGGAAUGUAACAAGGAAUACAACGUCAAACUUAACCACGCCAUAAAGCAUAAUGCGAACGACGAAGAAGAUGGUUUGGAAGAACUCUUUAGAAACCACAUUUUCUAUAUUCACAGCGAUAUGCCCCUUGACGUACUAUCAAUAAUUAUUUUAUCAUGCGGUGGUAUGAUAUGCUGGAAUAACAUAUUUUCUCCUCUAAAAUAUGAGAGCGAAAAUAUUACGCAUGAAAUAUUAGAACUGCAUAACUCCAAAAAAAUAGAUGAAUAUAAUAAACUAGGAAGAUUUUUAAUACAACCGCAAUACAUUUUUGAUUGUUUAAAUAAAAAAAAAAUAUUACCUUGCAGUGAUUAUUUUGUUAAUAAAACCUUGCCUGUACAUCUUUCUCCAUUCAUUGAAGAUGAUAAUUUUAAAAAUUUGGUAAAAACAGAAGAAUAUGCAAUAAAUAAGAUUCUAACUCAGAAUGAAGAAAAUAAUAAAGAGGAGCAAGAAAGGAUAUUAGGCAAAGUGGACAGUGCCAAUAAUAAUACUGAUGAUGAAGAAUUGUUAAAAUCAGAUGACGAAAUUACUAAUAUAACUCUACAAAGAUGUAGAACUGCUGCUUUAAAUAGUCAAUUCGAAUUAGAGAAUGAAGAUAAUAAUAAUAAUAAUGACAAAAUGAAAAUAACAGAAGAUGUUGACUUAUCCAGCAUAAAUGACUCAACAAAAAAAGAGGAAAUACAAAGGCAUAAAAUUGCUUUGAGUAAAAAGAAGAGAAAGUUAUACGCACUUAUUGAAAGGGAAGAAAGAAAACAAAAAUUAACGAUUGAAAAUUUUAUGAAAAGGGCGAAGAAGAAGAAAAAUAAAAGAGCAAAGGGAUGUGGAGGUAAAGGUGGGUUGCAAAAAUGA